UUACUAGAAUAGUUAUUUGAUUAUUAUUUAUUUGUUACUCUCUCUUUCUCUUUUAAUCAUAUUGAAUAAUAUUACUUUCUGUGUUAAAAUUGAAGAUACCUACUUUUGUCAUCAGAUAUGGCCGACGCUUUUGACAAACUUCGUAUGAUGGAAGACGAAAUGAACAAAUUUGAAGAAGAAAUUGGGAUACCUAAUUAUAUGGACACACCUGGUGCUCAAUCAUACGGUAACUUAAAUAAAUUGAUAAAAUAUAUAAAUAUCUUACCUCAAAUAAUGAAGAGAAAUCAAGUCUUUGGUGCUCCUAAACUGUAUACAUCUAAACCUGAACCACCUCAAAUACCUACAAAUGAUAUGAUGAUUAAAGCAGAAGACAUAUUAAAAAUGACAACAAGCAUCAAUCCAUUAAAAAAAGAAUCAAAGAAGUCACAACCCACAAUAUUACCAGGUAAAGAAAUGGCAGAGGCCGUUAAAGCAACAUCUAAAACAGUUGUUGUAUCAGCUGGAGGUAAUGCUGUGGCCGCAGCUGAAUGUGCUGCUUCAAUCCCAAAUCAAUCUGCCAAGAGCAAAGGGAAAAAAAAUAAGAAAUUUAUACGAACUUCUGGAGGACAGGUUUGGGAAGAUCAGACACUAUCUGAAUGGGAUGAAGAUGAUUUUCGACUAUUUUGUGGAGAUUUAGGAAAUGAUGUAACUGAUGAAUUAUUAGCUCGAACGUUCAGUCGAUAUCCUUCAUUUCAAAAAGCACGUGUAGUWCGUGAUCGCCGAACUAUGAAAACUCGAGGUUUUGGGUUUGUAUCAUUCAAAGAYCCAGCUGACUUUAUUAGAGCUACAAAAGAACUUAAUGGUCGAUAUGUGGGUAGUAGACCAAUAAAAUUACGGAAGAGUAUGUGGAAAAAUAGAAGUUUGGAAGUAACYAAAAAGAAGGAAAAAGAAAAGGCUGCACUCAUUAAUUUACUAACUGGUCAAUCUUCAUAAMCAAUGAUAUUUUUUAUUUUUACCAUAUAAAUAAACUAAAUGUUUCUGUAAAAUUGUAAGCAAAUGAUAUAGUUUUAUUUGAUUUUUAGUUCUUAAUUUUUCAAAAUAAGAUUUUGCUAUUAAGG